GGUGCCUUUGAACCAAAACCCAACUAAACCAAACCAAACCAAAUUCUUGAUUUUGGUUGCUUUGUUCAUGAGCUUUUUAGUUACACAAAAACAAGAGGGAGGGGUUUAAGUUGCAAAGUCUGUAAAAGUGGGUCAGAAUCUUGGUUCUUUCUUCAUUCAUGGUUUUCCUCCUCCUUAAGUUUCCAAAAACUUCAUCAACACUUCUCAAAACCCCUUCUUUUUUACAUCUUCCACUCUGAAAUUUUUGUCAUAUAUUAGUGUUACAAUUCCAUCUGAAUUCUCAAGGAGGAUAUGUUGGCUACUGUGAAAUCAAGAAAUCUUGGAAAGCUUGCAGCGGCGAAAGGCGGAGCUUCCACUGCCGGCGCCGGUGGUGGUGGUAGGGAGGUGGGAGUAAGUGGUUGGGAACUCAGGCCCGGUGGAAUGUUGGUGCAGAAGAGGAAUUCAGAUCUUAAUCAAAGUCAAACCGUAGUUCCCACCAUUAAAGUCAAAGUCAAAUAUGGUUCAACCUAUCACGAAGUCAACAUUAAAUCUCAAGCAACUUUUGCGGAAUUGAAGAAAAUAUUGGGAGGGCCAACGGGAUUGAAUCCUUUGGAUCAAAAAAUAGUAUUUAAAGACAAGGAAAGAGACUCGAAAGCGUAUCUAGAUGUCGCAGGAGUCAAAGACGGAUCAAGAAUGGUGGUUUUUGAUGAUAUAUUGAGUCGAGAAAAAAGACUUCUUGAAAAUCUUAAAUCCACGAAAGUGGAUAGAGCGAAAAAGGAGAUUGUUGACAUAAGUACAGAAAUUGAUAGACUUGCGAAGCAGGUUGGCAUUUUGGAGAUAGAAGUUUAUGGUGGUAAGAAAGUCGUGGAGAAAGUCGUAUUGAAUUUGAUCGAGUUGUUGAUGUCGCAAUUGAUCAAGCUGGAUGGAAUCGUAGCUGACGGAGAUGUGAAAUGGCAGAGGAGAAUGCAGGUAAAGAGAGUGCAAAGGUAUAUAGAAAUUCUCGAUUCAUUGAAGAUCCAAAAUUCCAAGAUUGUAAGUAGUGGUGACAGGGCUAAUGUACAAGGCUCGUUACAACGACGACCGAAUAAGAUCUCAUUCGAGCAAAGACUCAUAACACCAAUGGAAAAGCAACGAGACUCGAUGAAGUGGCCGAUCGUUGUUACGACUGAAUGGGAAAAGUUCUGAAUCCGGAAGAAAUACCCACAAAGGAAGAGCUAAAGAAUGAGAGUUGCAAUGAAUUCUUGGUGUGAAAUGUCGCUAUUACCCUUAAUUUUUUUUUUUUUUGGUAAUUUGGUUCAGAUGCAAGUAUAUUUCUAGUGUCUAUCUCUCUCAUUUGAGAGUAAACAUGGUUGUCUAUUUUGUAUAUAUACAUGUGAUAUGAUGGAUAAUCAAGUAUGAUAUGUUUCUUGAAAUAAAUGAAAGAGCGAAUUAUAAAAAUCUA